AUGUGGAUGGUGCGAAGCUCGUCUUUCUCCGCUCUACAAGGACAACCUCCAAGACCCAUCAGUUCUCAAGCGAGUGUGACUAGUGGCCUCUGCAGCCCGUGCUAUAACUAUGGGCGCGUCGGGCAUUUCACACGUGAUUGCCCUUAUCCAAAGCCAGAAGCCACGGUGACGGCUCCAAGGCCACCACCACCUACUCCAAUCGUUCAUCAAGUCUCCAAACGUGGCCGAGUGUGCUACACCACCGUCGAGGAGCCUCAUGAGGAAGACAACGUGUUGAUGGGUAUGUUAUUUGUUAAUUCUUGUCCUGCAAUUGUGCUUUUCGAUUCUAGUGCAUCUUAUUGUUUCGUCAAAGAGAGUUAUGUCUCAAGUGACAGCAUGAUCACCAAAGUUCUACCUUCCUCUUAUCAUAUUGAUGCAUCUGGUGCUAUAUUGAGGACCAACCGUGUCGUUCCCUUGGCUGAGAUUCUCAUUGAGGGAGUUCAGUUUUCUGCAAAUUUGAUCAUGUUGGAUACAAGAGGAGUGGAUGUCAUAUUGGGAAUGAAUUGGCUUGCCAAGAACAAGGUCGCUAUUGAUUCUGCUCGUAGGACUGUCACUCUUAAUGACAUGUCCUGCACAAACAAGUCCAUUUGA